UUAUUCCUGAUCUUAUUUUCUUUUUUCCCUUUUAGAUCUAUUUCAGGCUUUGCGCUUUCUCGCUAUACUCCUUCCUCUCUCUCUCCUCCAUUGAAGCGUACUCGAAAUUCUCCAUUGUAGCGGCUUCUGAGCUUUCUCUCCUCCAUUGAAGCAGUCUCUAAGUGGGAUCAGAAGAUGCCGGCGGUUGCUCCACGAUCUGGGGAGGCCAUCUUUGCUAGUGCUGAGCGUGUUAAUGCGGAGUUGUUUACAUUGACAUAUGGAGCAAUAGUUCGUCAACUAAUUACAGAUCUGGAAGAAGUUGAUGAAGUUAACAAGCAGCUUGAUCAAAUGGGUUAUAAUAUUGGUGUGCGAUUGAUUGAUGAGUUCCUAGCAAAAUCCAAUGUCUCUAGAUGUGUGGACUUCAAGGAAACUGCUGAAGUAAUUGCAAAGGUUGGCUUUAAAAUGUUUCUGGGGGUGAGUGCAACAGUCACUAAUUGGGAUGCUGAGGGAACAACUUGCAGCCUUGUCUUGGAGGACAACCCUUUGGUAGAUUUUGUUGAGCUUCCUGACACGUGCCAAGGCCUUCACUAUUGCAAUGUUUUAAAUGGUGUGGUCAGAGGAGCGCUGGAGAUGGUAUCAAUGAAGACAGAAGUUACAUGGAUUCGUGAUAUGCUUCGUGGGGAUGAUGCUUAUGAACUGCAAGUCAAACUUCUCAAGCAAAUUCCAGAAGAAUACCCAUACAAGGAUGAUGAGUGAUGUCUAGCUUCUCGAUGUUGUUAUGUAUAUUGUCCCCCAAGGUUUGGUUGCCUACUUUUUCUUCAGUAUCCAUUUAGUUCUGGGAUGUUCAACUGAAGUAGGUUUUUUGUUGUUAAUUGUUCUGCUCUCAAAUACCUGUGGGGUACAUGCUGUAGUUAAUUACGCUUAUGUGGUAGUAAUGCUUUAUGUAAAAGGAUGCCCAAGAACUGUAUUGUUCCUGCUGCCUUUUAUGCAAUUGCAUUCAUCCAACAUAUUGCGGGAUUAUAUAGAUUUGGUUUAAUUCCUAUUGUCAAAAUGCAAAAAUAACUUGUUUUUAGCCCUAGAAA